UGUCCCGCCCCUUGCGGCCCGGGAGAGAUGGCGGAGUUGGACAUCGGGCAGCAUUGCCAGGUGGAGCACUGCCGGCAGCGAGGUGAUCCGGGAGCCCCCAGCCCCCAGUCCGGGCCACGGGAUACCGGGGCUCCGCUUUGGCUCCGCGGAUGGUGGCGGCGGGUGAGGGGAGGCCACAAGUCUGGGCAGAGCCUGAGGAGCGGGAUGGGAGCGUUUCUUCUGUGGCUGCAGUGAGAUCGGUUGAUUUUCUUCCAUUUGUGUGUGAUGAUUGUUCAGGAAUAUUUUGCCUUGAACACAGAAGCAGGGAGUCUCAUGGUUGUCCUGAGGUGACUGUAGUCAAUGAGAGACUGAAGACAGAUCAACAUACAUCUUACCCAUGCUCAUUCAAAGACUGUGCUGAGAGAGAACUUGUGGCAGUUAUAUGUCCUCAUUGUGAGAAGAAUUUUUGCCUGAGACACCGUCAUCAGUCAGAUCAUGAGUGUGAAAAACUGGAAAUCCCAAAGCCUCGAAUGGCUGCCACUCAGAAGCUUGUUAAAGAUAUUAUUGAUUCCAAGACAGGAGAAACAGCAAGUAAACGACGGAAAGGUGCCAAAAAUAGUGAAACAGCUGCAAAGGUUGCAUUGAUGAAAUUAAAGAUGCAUGCUGAUGGCGAUAAGUCAUUACCACAGACAGAAAGAAUUUACUUUCAGGUUUUCUUACCUAAAGGGAGCAAAGAGAAGAGCAAACCAAUGUUCUUUUGCCACCGAUGGAGCAUUGGAAAGGCCAUAGACUUUGCCGCUUCUCUAGCCAGUCUUAAAAAUGACAAUAACAAAUUAACAGCUAAGAAAUUAAGGCUGUGUCACAUUGCUUCAGGAGAAGCCUUACCCUUGGAUCAUACUUUGGAAACCUGGAUUGCUAAGGAGGAUUGUCCUUUAUAUAAUGGUGGAAAUAUAAUCUUGGAAUAUCUUAAUGAUGAAGAACAAUUCUGUAAAAAUGUUGAAUCUUACUUGGAAUAGUCAUUCAACGAUUCAAGUCAGAAAUCACAGGGAAAAUUCUAUUAUAUGUUUAAGUCCAUUUCUUUUACUACAGAUACCAUUUUUGUAAUUUUUUAAAGUUGCUUUUUAACUUAUUUCUCCUUAUGUCACAUUUUAAAUUAUAAGUUUUCUAUUAGAAUUUUUUUGUUUUAAGUUUAACUGUGUACUGAUCCUCAAUUAUUAGCAAAUUCUUAUAUUUAAUUAGCUUUCAUUAGGUUAUGCUGUAGUGACAACAACAAAGAUGUAUUUCCUGGUGGGUGAUGUCAGCUGUUAAUUGGCUGUGGCACUGCUCUGUAUCAUCUUCUCACCACGAUCAAAGGUGCAGGAAGGACUCUCUUUUGGGACACUGUCAUUGUUUGAAAAGAGAGAGAGAAAGAGAUUGAAAUACACUUCAGUUUUCUCUUAAAAGAUGCAUGUAUCAUACUUGCUUUAAGCAAGUCAUGUGGCCAAGCCUAGCAUCAUGGAGCCAGAAAGUAUAGCCUUGCUGUCUAUGUACAUCAUGAUGUAUAAAUUGAUAUAUGUACAUCAAUUAUAGAAACUUAGAGAUCAUCUUUAUUCAGUCUUAUAAUUUUUACAUGAAGAAUCUUAGACCUAGGAGAAGAAAAUAAUUUUCUUUCUAUUACCCAACUAGAUUGGGGCAUAUUUCUGAUAAAGACUCACCUCUAGUGAGAUUCAUCUUUUUUGUUUGUGUGACUAUAUUACAUAUGAGAAGAAAGAUGGGAUAGCUCAACUUCAUUAUAUACCAAAGCAAAACACAUGCCAAAUGAUGACUACAUUUAACCAACAAAUUUAGAUGAGUAUUCUUGACUAGUGUUUACUAUCUAUACCCCCAAAACUACUACUAUAUGGACAGAAUAGAAAUUAUUUCUAGUUGUCCUUUUGUUUUUUUCUAUUCUAAUUGUCAUGGACAUAGGUAGUGGCUAUAGAUUUACUUAAAAGGAAUAAACUUGGAUUGCUCAUUUGGUUUAUUUGCUUUCUAAUUCUUCAUAUUUUUAUGUGAGGAAUGGAGAUAAUUUCCAACUUUUAUUAUGUUCUUAUACUUUCAUUCAUUAGCAUAGUUAUUUGAGUUCCCAUGAAAUGUAGAGAUUUGUCUCUAAUUGCCAUGAUUAAUACAAUGAAGAUGUGUAUACAUACAGGUAUACCUUGGAAAUAUUGUGAGUUCAGUUUCAGACUACCACACAAAGCAUAUAUUACAGUAUAUUGAGCCCAAUUUUUUUUGUUUCCCAAGGCAUAUAAAAAUUAAAUUAUGUUUACACUAUACUAUAGUCUGUUUAAUGUGCAAUAGCAUUAUGUCUAAAAAAAGUAUAUACCUUAAAUAAAAAAAUGCUUUAUUGACAAAAAAUGCUAA